CAGCAUCAUCUGGACUAUGGCUUCAGGACUUUACUUCACUGUGAUCUUUUGUAUGAGUGGUGGACUUUGGACUGGAGCAAAAGUGGGACCAGAAUUUGCCAAAGCCCAAAAGCUUGCUUUGAAUCCCAUAUCCACACAUAGAGUGAUCACCUGUGAUGAUGCUGACAAUGUACAACACCUGAGUUGUGAGAUAGGAGUGAUUGAUGUGGAGUCAGCUUUGUAUGGACGUAUAGACCGAAAGACCUGCAGUGAGGGCAAACCUAAAAACCAGCUCACUAACACACACUGUUCUCAGGAAGGCACUCUUGAAGUCUUCCAGAAAAGAUGCAACGGUUUGGAAGUGUGUGAAAUAAAUGGGAAUGUGGUUCGCACCUCUGAUCCCUGCUUUGGCAUCUAUAAGUAUAUAGACACCACCUACUCCUGCGUUUCACCAGCUUCUUCAACAGUUCACUCCAUAACAUGUGAAAACUCUCUGGCAUACCUUCAGUGUGAGGAGGGACAGGUUCUACAUGUGUUUAGUGCAGAUUAUGGACGCUCUGACAGCACUACCUGUUCGUACCAGCGUCCUGACUCUCAGGUCCUUAAUGUUGAUUGCUCAAGGACUUCAGAUAAAGUCGCUGCCAGAUGUAACGGGAAAUCCAGCUGUACCUUUCAAGCAAGUAACUCUGUGUUUGGAGAUCCCUGUGAGGGAACCUACAAGUACCUGACGGUGGACUACACAUGUCAACUUGUCUUUUGACUUGUCACAGCAAAUGAUUACAUGUAUGGCUGUCAGAAUA